AUGGCGGGGGGUAGCCAGUUCGCCGUGUCCUUCCUGACGAACGUGGCGAGGGUGGCGUUGGGGCUGGGCGCCGGCGCCGCUCUGCUCAACUCCUCUCUCUACACCGUCGACGGCGGGGAGCGCGCCGUCAUCUUCGACAGGUUUCGCGGGGUCCUGGAGAGCACCGUCGGCGAGGGCACCCACUUCCUGGUGCCAUGGCUGCAGAAGCCCUACAUCUUCGACAUCCGCACCCGCCCCCAUUCCUUCUCCUCCGCCUCUGGGACGAAGGAUCUCCAGAUGGUGAAUCUGACCCUCCGAGUCCUCGCCCGCCCCCAGGUCGAGCGGCUUCCAACGAUCUUCACCACCUUGGGGCUCGAGUAUGACGAGAAGGUGCUCCCAUCCAUCGGCAACGAGGUCCUCAAGGCUGUCGUUGCCCAGUUCAACGCCGAUCAGCUUCUUACGGACCGGCCCCAGGUCUCUGCCCUCGUCCGUGACAGCCUCGUACGCCGAGCCAAGGAUUUCAACAUUGAGCUGGACGACGUCUCUAUUACUCAUCUGUCCUACGGUCCCGAGUUCUCGCGGGCCGUCGAGCAGAAGCAGGUGGCGCAGCAGGAGGCCGAGCGAUCGAAGUACGUGGUGAUGAAGUCUGAUCAAGAGCGACGUGCCACUGUCAUUCGGGCUGAGGGUGAGAGUGAGUCAGCCCAUCUUAUCUCUGAAGCCACGGCGAAGGCUGGGAAUGGUUUGAUUGAGCUGAGAAGGAUCGAGGCGUCGAGGGAGAUCGCUGCUACACUGGCCAAGUCGCCUAACGUCGCUUAUCUCCCUGGAGGGAACAACAUGCUUUUGGCUCUCAACCCCUCGGCUGGCGGCCGGUGA